AUGUGUAAGGAGGUAGAGGUGGUUGAAAAUAUCAAUAACUUAGGUGAGAAAAUUGAGUUAGUUGAAAAUAUAAUUAGGUCAAUUGAGGAGGUAGAUUAUGAUGAAGAAGGUAGUGACAAUGAGGAUUGCGAAGUUGUUGAUGCUAGGCAAAGGUUAAAAGAAGCUGCUAAAAUUGAGUUAGAGUACAUAAAGGAGUUGCAAUCACUGUAUAGGGUGGCUCAUAGGUUUGACAACAACAACUUAGGAAGCUGUAGUGAAUCUAAAGAUGAUUCAUCUGAUUUGGAGUCUCCACCCAACUCAUAUGACGAGGAUGAUUGUGGUUAUUUGUUACCACCUCCACAGAAGGUCAAGAAACCUAGAUUAAGUGCAAAGGCAAACAAGCUGCAAUUAGGUAGCUCUGAAUCAAAGUCUUCAUUCUUUUUAGGUCAGCAAUUUGAAGAUGCAGUGGAGUUUAGGAAAGCAGUUACCACCUACUGUGUGAGCAUUGGAAGGGAUGUUGAUUACAAAAAGAAUGAUAAGAGCAGGAUAGGUGCAGCAUGCAAAGCUAAGGACAAGGGGUGUCCAUGGUACAUUUGGGCUUCACUGGAAAGAGAGAAAGGGGCAUUCACUGGAAAGACUCAUAUCCCAAAUCAUAAUUGUGGUAAGCUGUCAAGGGUGAGAAAGAUUUCAUGCUCACGAAUUGCAACUAACUAUCAUUCAAAGUUCAAGGUAAACCCUUACUUGAAGUGCCAAGAAAUUGUUGACAUGGUUUGGUCUGAGUGGGGCAUCAAAAUAUCGUUAUGGUUAGCUUUAAAGGCGAGGAAGAAAGCUCAAAAUCUGAUUUUGGGAGAGUACAAGGAACAAUAUUUACUACUGCACAGGUAUGCACAAGAGAUAUUGAGGUCUAAUCCUCAUAACACAGUGAAGUUUAAGCUAGAUAACAAUGUUUUCCAGAGUAUUUACAUAUGUUUUGAUGCGAUAAAAAAGGGUUCUUGGCUGGUUGCAAUGCUCGUUGCCGUUGGUAGGGAUGGAAACAACCAAAUGUACCCAAUAGCAUGGGCUUGUGAUGAGGUUGAGAAUACUGAGACAUGGACUUGGUUUUUACAACUCUUAGCUGAUGAUCUUGAGACAACAGAUGGACAAGGGUACACCAUCAUGUCUGACCAGCAAAAGGGACUUCUGAGAGCAGUAGCAAACACCUGGCCGGCCUAG